AUGAGCUCCGAGGACGAGCUCCACGCAGCCACCGGGUUCCACCAGCUGCCGCUGCGCAUCCGCGACAAGGCCAACGGCAUCAACGGGCUCAACUCCCUCCACAAGAUCACCGUCGAAGUCCCCAGCCGAUCCCUCACCGCGACCAACAACGCACCGGGCCACCAUCAGCACCAUCCAUCGCUGUCGACCGCUCCCUCCCGCCUGCACAAGCGCUGCCCCGAGUCGCUCCAGUUCCUCACCAGCAAUGCGCGCCUCCGGUCUCCCACCCAGUCGUCCAUGUCCAGCAUCCCGGACUCGGCCACCACCUACUCGCACUCGACCUUUGCCAGCCCCGUGAGCUCCAGCUACGCCAGCGACCUCCAGGAGUUCUUCACCGGCUCGCGCCCCUCCAGUCGUGUCUUCCACCGCCACAAGACGUCUGUUACAACCUGCUCUACCCUGAUCAAUGAUGAGGACGAGACGCCCGUCGUCCACAACAUCAGCGACAAGAUCGACCAGUACCGCAGCGCCGGAGACGUCACGCCGCGAUCGGCAGAUGAGAUUGAACCCGUGAGCCCAUCGACAACCGAAGCGCCAGAGAAGGAAUUGCCCCCUCUUCCCCAGGAAGAGGAAGACUUUGACGAUCGCCGCCUGACCCUGACCCUGACCAAGCCCUUCCCCCCUCUGCCUGGGCCGGAAGAUCUCGAAGACGACGAAGAAGACGAGGAAGAGGAAGAGGAGGAGUCAGCUGCAGAGAACUGGGAGACUGCCUCGGUCCUGUCCUUUGACGACUGCGACCCUGAAGAAGCCGAUGCCGUCCUGGACUUUACCAUGCAAAUGGUCUACGGCGUCGACAGCAAAGACGCAUCUGUUCUCCCAGCCAAGUCGCGAGAGAUUGUCCAACGCUUCAUCCGCGACCUCGGUCAAUGUUUCUGGCAGGCACAGGCCUCUCCGGACUCCAAUAGCAACAACAUGUCGUCAAGCGCAUCGUCGUCGCCCGCAGCCAACGGAGCUGCCGGGGAUUCGCAGCGUGGCGGCAAGCGGAAGAAGAAGCAGCAGCAGAAGGGAGGAGCAGGAGGCGAAGACGGGGAGGAUAUGAGCGAGGGCGAGGGCGAGGCCUUCUUGCCAGCCAAGAAGAUGAAGCCGACUCCUCGCGACGAGGAUCUGCGCCUGAGCUGUCCUUUUAGGAAGAGGAACCCAACACGCUUCAACGUGCGCGACCAUCACUCCUGCGCCAUGACCUUCUUCCCCAAGUUUGCCGAGUUGAGACAGCACAUCGUCAAGCAGCACAAGAGGGACGACCCCUCGGCCUUUGUCUGCGACCGAUGCAACCGCGACUUUCCCACCAGAAAAGAGCUCCGGGAUCACCAGCGUCUGCCUAGAGACCAGAUGUGCGAGAUCUCCGACUCGGACCCAGAGAACGGCAUCGACGGCCCAACUGCCACCAAGCUGCUGAGCAGGAAGCGAACCAGCGGCUCGUCGACUGAGAUCCAGUGGAGAGAGAUCUGGAACAUCCUCUUCCCUGACGAUGACGACAACAUAAUCUAUGAGUACCACUUCACCCCUGUUAUUGAACACUUUGAGUUGCAAAAUACGUACCUCGCCUCCUUCGAGCUCCUCAAGUCAUCUCUUCGGGACAAGAUCUCCAACCCCGCCACCCUCGAGACUCUGGCCGCCAAGUUCCACGAGUGCUUCAUCGAGACCGUCAUGCGCUGCAUCGCCGAGGCCCAGACCAUGCCCUACGCCAACCGCAGCAACAAGCGCAGCGAGCAGCUCGCCUCUGCCUCUGCCGCCCUGACUGCCCUCACGGCCCCCAUCGCCAUCGCCGCGACACCGGCCGCCACCAUCGCUCCCACCCAGACGACCGCCACCGUCGCCCGCAAGGUCCGCGAGGUCCUCCCCCGCCCCGACUCGGGCGUCGUCAUGACCGACGACACCUCCGAGGAGAGCGGCAGCGUCAUGGGCAGCAACACCCACCGCGAGAGCAUCCGCACCGCCCGCUCCUCGCAGCGCGGCAGCAGCCUGGCCCCCCGCCCCCGCGACCUCAAGCACCUCUCGUCCUCCCAGAACACCCACCGCUCCUCCGCCACCUCCUCGGGCGUCUUCGACGGCUCCUUCACCCUGCCGCACCACCUCCAGCAGCAGGCCUUCCUCGCUCCCCAACAGCAGCAACAGCACCAGCAGCACCAGCCCACCUCCACCACCGCCCCGAUGAGCUUCGACUCGGGCUACAUGGCCCCCGUGGACGUGCAGGCGUGGACGAGCGGCGUCCAACCCCCCGCCUCGGCGACGCACAUGUACCACCACAACAUCCCGGAGAACGAGAUCGCGCCCCCCGUGUUCCAGGACAUGGGCAUCCCCAGCGACCUCGGCGCCGCCUGGGCCCAGCAGCAGUUCUACGCCGGCGGCGACAUGGGGCUGGAACCCAUGGGGGACGAGUUUACAGGAUUCCACAACGGCCGAUAG